CCCCGCCAGUGAGGAGGGUGUGGCUGGGAAGGCGUUGGCCGAAAAGGACGCAGCUUUGGGGCGCCAUGAUGUCUUCUCCUGCGUGGAGCGAGGAAGUAAACCAGGCUAAAAAGAACGCCCUUCUGGCUUGGGUGGAAGAGACUGGCAUCAAACUGGUACAGAUCAAUGGCCAGAGGAAAUACGGUGGCCCCCCACCAGGUUGGACUGGCGCCGUUCCACCACCUGGCUCUGAGAUUUUCAUAGGGAAGAUUCCACAGGAUAUAUAUGAGGAUAAACUAAUUCCUCUCUUCCAGAGUGUUGGGAGACUCUAUGAAUUUCGUCUCAUGAUGACGUUCAGUGGGCUUAACCGCGGCUUUGCCUAUGCGAAAUACGCAAACAGACGCGGUGCCCAGGAUGCUAUUGCCGCGCUCAACUCCUUUGAAAUCCAGGCCGGCCACCCCAUUUUGGUCUGCAGAAGUACAGACAAGUGUGAGCUCUCCAUUGAUGGUUUGUCUCUCUGUGUGAGAGAGGGACACCUUCUUCCAAUGCUGCAGGAACUGACUGCCGGAGUCCUGAGUGUUUCCUUGCACCCAAGCCCUUUCAGAAGGGAGAGGCAGCUGGCAGAGGUGAAAUACAGCUCCCACCAGGCAGCUGCAAUCGCCAGGAAAGCCCUUGUGGAAGGUAGCUUGUGCCUCUGUGGAGAUGACAUUGAAGUGGAUUGGCUAAAGCCAAAUAUAAAACAGGAACUCCACAGUGCCUCCGUUCGGGGCUUUCCGGAGAUUCCACCAUCCAGUUUUCCCCACAGAGAUGCCCCCUAUGAAGCACCUUCUGGGCCUGUGCAACCCGCGGUGGGCAGUGUGCUGGACUACCUGAAUUUGCAAUGCAAGGAACGGCAGCUGGGGCUCCCUGUAUUUCUUACAAAAUGUAUGCAAAAGAAUCGUGAAGGAUGGUUACAGUUCUGGUAUCAAGUGGUGAUACCUAAAUAUCCAUCACCUUUCAGUGGGUUUAUCUGGAUCAAGCCAGAACGUUCCGGCUUGGGGGCCCAUGAAAAGGCCAAGAAUGCAGUGGCACUGCAGCUACUCAAAGCUCUGGGAUGCCCAAUGGUGUAAGAGAACAGUCUUGCAAGUUCGGGAGAGGUCUGUGGGUCCCGUCCUUGCCCACUGAAAACCAGCUUGGAUAAAAUCCAUGGGGAGAGAAAUAGUGUGCCUGACAUCUUGUCUUUUUUUUGUUUUUUGGCGGGAAGCAUUGCUGCUUUUGGAGUCCUGUUAGAUUUUAAAUAGGUUGUCCACGCAGAUCUCAGUACUAAAUUGUUUUAAGUUAGUUUAUUUGAGUAUCCUUUUCAGUUUGGGGAAAUAAUGCAUGCAUAUUUCUCGGCAGGCAAUCUUAAGUUGGGGGCAUAUCUUGCAUUCACAACUUGAUUUCUGCCCCUC